AUGGUUCUUCUUAGGAGAAGAUUUAGUAGAGUCUUUAAACUGGCCCUUUUACUUUCCAUCGUUGGGGCUGGCCUCUUUUUCUUUAAUUCUGGUCAAUAUUCCGAGUCCAUCUCUGUGAAAGAUUAUAAAGAAUACCUUCAAAAUUAUAUCAAUUCUAAUUCUGAUCCUACACCUAGCUCUAGUCCUAAUGCAGCCAAACAGCCGGCAGCGAACUUAAAGGAUGAAAGUAAUAAAAAUAAUAACAAGAAAAAUGGAGGCUCAGUCGGUAGUCCGAAGACACAUGAUGAAAAGAUGAAAGCAUUCUUCAAUACCGUCUUCCAACAUAUAAUUGACUAUUCCCCCAAAGGCAAGACGAAAAAGAUCUAUAACAAGGAAAAAUGUUUAUUGGAUGGUGAUGUUGGGUCACGUCCGGAAAAUUACAAAGAUUGGUAUAAAUUAUCAUACAAAAAUUUAGGUAAUUGUUUGGAAGUCUCAGAUACAGAAUUUACAAAUUUAAAAACCAGUCAUGCUUCCUUCACUGAAAAUUUGAAUAAAUUAGUUCUUCCAAAGGGAACUUAUAAAGGUGAUGGGAUUGUCCUAGUUGGUGGUGGGAAAUUUUCUCUAUUAUCAUAUUUGGUUAUUAAAACUAUAAGAAAUUUGGGUACUACUUUACCCAUUGAAGUGUUUAUACCACCUAAUGAAGUUGAGGGUGAAAGUGAGUUUUGUUCACAGACGAUUUCAGACCUGGAUGCUAAAUGUAUUUAUAUUUCUGAUAUCCUUCCCAAAGAUAUGGUCUCUAAGUUUGAAUUCAAAGGUUACCAAUUCAAAUCAUUAGCUAUCAUUGCAUCUAGUUUUGAAAAUUUGUUAUUAUUAGACGCUGAUAAUACUCCAAUUAAAAAUUUGAAUACUAUCUUUAAGCAAGAACCAUACGCCUCAAGAGGUUUAGUUCUAUGGCCUGAUUUCUGGAGAAGAACUACCCAACCAAUAUAUUAUAAGAUUGCUGGAAUACCAGUGAAUUUACAAAAGAGGGUUCGUAAUGAUAUUGAUGACUUAACACCAGUAGGAGUAUAUACAAAACCUGAUAUGGUUGAUAUCCCAUUCCAUGAUUUUGAAGGUACUAUGCCUGAUGUUUCCACUGAGUCAGGCCAAUUAAUGGUGAAUAAAUCUAAGCAUUUGGCCACAGUCUUAUUAGCAUUAUACUACAAUGUCAAUGGGCCAAAUUGGUAUUAUCCAAUUUUUUCACAAAAGGCUGCAGGGGAAGGUGAUAAAGAAACUUUUAUUGCAGGCGCCAAUUUCUAUGAUUUACCAUAUUAUCAAGUGAAAAGCAAGGUUGGUGUCGAUGGAUAUCACAGAAAGGAAGGAUUCCGUGGUGUAGCCAUGUUGCAACAUGAUUUUGUUCAGGACUAUAAUCGUUAUAAAUUAGCAAGCGCAGAUAUUGCUAGAGAAUAUUCUAAUCCCUCAUCUGUCGUCUUUGAUAAGAGCUACACUGUUCAAAAAUUCUACGAUAAAUAUUUCGAUAAUACCGACGAAGAUAUUGAUGUUAUGUUCAUUCAUUCCAACCUACCUAAGUUUGAUCCAUUACCUCUCUGGAAAGACAAUGAUUUGAUUGAAGAUGGCAAACCUGUAAGAUCAUACACGAAUUUGCGUAAACUUGGAUACCAUGAUAUCGAAUAUGAAAAUUUUAAAACGUUAAAGGAACUGUUAUGUGAGAAGAAUGUUGAUUUCAAAUAUCUGGCGGACGAGUUUAAAAGUAACCCACAGGCUAGGAUGAGUUUCUGUAAAUAUAUUACAGAUAGAUAUAAAUACUUGGAAGAAACUCAUCAAGAAGCUCUCUCUGCUUCUGAAUAG